AGCGAUAUUUCAAACACGAUCGAUUCGUGAUUGAUUAGCCGAGCAAACGUUUUCAAAUACUCCAAAGUAUACGGAAGUAAUGGAAACACCGCCUCAAAACGCUUUGGGAUUCACGAAGACGCCAAAGUGGUACUUUGUGACGUCAUAACAACGCGCCGGUAAGCUUUUGCUGGGUUCGCUUUUGCCGAGCGAGCGGAAGGAGCACCAACAACAAAGUCAACAUUUGUCUCACCGCGGCUGAAACACUCAGACAUUUGUAAUCACACAGCGGUGUCCACCUCCGCCGCCAUGACCGACCACAAGCGUCUCGCCUUCUCCAUCAUCCGCUUCCUCCACCAGCAGCUCCAGUCCGGGAAUCUGUCGUCGGGAGCGCAGGAGAGCCUGGAAGUGGCGGUCCAAUGUCUGGAGACGGCCUUCGAAGUGUCCACGGACGACCAGAGCCUCGCCGUACCGCUGACGUUACCCGAGAUCUUCGCUUCUGCCGCCGCCGACGACGACAAGUCGCAGGUGAACAACAACGCCACGAAGAACGGCGUCAGCGAGGAGGAGAGGGCCGAGGCCGAGAGACUCAAGACGGACGGUAACGAUCACAUGAAGGUGGAGAACUACGCCGCCGCCGUGGAGUUUUAUUCCAAAGCCAUCGGCAUCAACCCGCAGAACGCCGUCUACUACUGCAACAGGGCGGCGGCGCUGAGCAAGCUGGGUAAUUACGCGGGGGCGGUGCAGGACUGCGAGCAGGCCAUCGGCAUCGACCCCAACUACAGCAAAGCUUACGGCAGGAUGGGGCUGGCGUUGGCGAGUCUCAACAAGCACACGGAGGCGGUGACAUUCUACAAGAAAGCUCUGGAACUUGACCCGGACAACGACACCUACAAGGCCAACCUGAAGGUCGCCGAGGACAAGAUGGACGCCACCAGCCCCACGGCGGGAAUGGGCGGCGUGGACCUGGCUGGACUGCUCAGUAAUCCUGGUUUCAUGAACAUGGCCUCGUCACUGAUGACAAACCCUCAGGUCCAGCAAAUGAUGUCAGGAAUGAUGUCGGGAGCGUAUGGCGAGAUGGCUGGCACAGGCGCUGGUGGAGGAGCAGGAGGAGGCGGAGUCCCAGGAGCUGCGCAGGGCGGAGAUUUAUCAGGACUCAUCCAAGCAGGUCAGCAGUUUGCUCAGCAGAUGCAACAGCAAAAUCCAGAACUCAUCGAGCAGCUGAGGAGUCAAAUACGCAAUCGCACGCCGAGCGCCGGGAAUGAGGAGCAGCCGUGACGCCCUUGUCUGGCAGCACACAUUUGAGCGGAGGAGCCAGCCAGCGACUUUUUCUUUGACUUCGGGACGAUUGUUGUGGCUGGAAGGACCGGAAGGAAGUUUAAUUGGUCACCCAACAAUUCCUGCACGAGAGGAGCCUCCACGCCGCCGCCGGUCACGCCCCUUGAAGAACAACACCCCGGCCCCACCCGCACCUUUUUGCCGUCCUCCCAAAACGACGCCGCGGAUGCGCGCUGAGGCGAACGAUGGAGGCUCCGAUCUGUUUUGAACAAUUAAAAGAUUUUGUCUCUGCUGCUCGCUCAACAUGAAUUGCUAACAAGUUGUCAUCAAUGAAGACAAAGUUCAAUAGUUUCCAUGUAUUGAGCUGACUUGCUAUUUAAAAUAAAAAUAAGACUGACAUGUUUUCAUGAUGCAGUUGUGCUCAACAUUCACCUCUAGAAGAAGAAAUAAAUGGAAACGUACCAAACUUU